AAAAGAGCAGCAGGAAAGAGAAGGGAAAAAAAGGAGCACCUUUUGCGGGGAAAAAACACCUGUGCAUCCAUCCCCUACAAAAAGAUCCCAACUUUCUCAGAUUUCAACCUCCAACUCCAUCACUCCCUCGAGUCUCAACUCAAUGGAUUUCUCGAAAUGGGUCCUCUUGCUUCUAAUUCCAUGCCUGUUCAUCCCGCGAUCAUGUCUGUGUUCAUCAAACCCGGUUUGACCCCAGAAGAGCUGGCUCGAAUCCCAGUGGAAUUCCUCAAUCUCGCUCAAAAGCCGGAGAUCGUGGACUACAUGGUGGGCAUCAGGAGGAGGAUACACGAGUACCCAGAACUCGGUUUCGAGGAAUUUGAGACCAGCAAGCUCGUAAGGUCGGAGCUUGAUCGGAUGGGUAUUCAAUAUAAACACCCACUUGCUGUUACCGGUGUUGUGGGUUACAUCGGAACUGGGAAGCCACCUUUCGUAGCAAUUCGAGCUGAUAUGGAUGCUUUGGAAAUGGAGGAGAGUGUAGAGUGGGAGCACAAGAGCAAAGUUCCUGGGAAAAUGCAUGCCUGUGGACAUGAUGGUCACGUUGCUAUGCUUCUUGGUGCGGCCAAGUUGCUUCAAGGUCGCCUUGAUGAGUUACAGGGGACAGUUGUUCUUGUUUUUCAACCAGCUGAGGAAGGAGGCGGAGGAGCGAAGAGAAUGAUAGAUGAUGGAGCACUGGAAAAUGUUGAUGCCAUCUUCGGACUGCACCUUUCUGUCAAAUUCCCUAUUGGUGCAGUGGCAACCAGGCCUGGUCCUCUUUUGGCUGCAUGUGGUUUCUUCGAGGCAGUAAUAAGCGGAAAGGGAGGUCAUGCGGCGAUUCCGCAGCACACAAUAGAUCCAAUUGUAGCGGCAUCCAAUGUAAUUAUUAGUCUGCAGCAUCUCAUUUCACGUGAAGCCGAUCCACUGGAUUCGCAGGUGGUUACGGUGGCUAAGAUUGAAGGAGGCGGCGCGUUCAAUGUGAUUCCUGAUUCUGUGACUAUAGGUGGUACAUUCAGGGUGUUUUCGAUGGACGGCUUAAUCCAACUUAAACAAAGAAUCGAAGAGGUCAUUAUGAGACAAGCAAGUGUACAGAGGUGCAAUGCGACGGUCUCAUUCAGUGUUAAGCCCUUCUACCCACCGACGGCUAAUGACAAAGCUUUGCACGAGCACUUCAAGAACAUCGCACGGGAUAUGCUGGGACCAGACAAGAUUCUAGGGAUGGAACCCCUGAUGGGUUCAGAGGACUUCUCGUUCUAUACUGAGGUGAUCCCAGGUUACUUCUACUAUGUCGGGAUGAAGGACGAGAGCCUAGGGAAGAUGGAAUCUGGGCACUCCCCACACUACAGACUUAACGAAGACUCGCUUUCAUAUGGAGCGGCACUUCAUGCGGCACUAGCGACGCGGUACAUCCUAGAGAACCAACAAAAGUCGGACAUCCUAGAGAACCAACUAAAGUCGGACGCAGCAAAAGAAAGUUCUCAUGACGAAUUGUAAGGUGCUCGUGCUUUCUUGAUUUGAACUUGUUUUAAGCUUCUGAAAACUUAGACUGCCAGCAACCAUAUGGAGAUUUAUUGCCUGGAAAAGGGUAAAAAGAAACAACUUUUUGGAGCUGGAUGUAUAUAUAUGGCAUUGCUGAUUACUGAAAGCCUGUAAGCCGAGGUUAGACAUAGCAGGGGCGACUGUCUCGUCAGAGCGAACCUCAGCUCAGCCUCACUUACUGGGACUUUCGCUUCGGGCAAGAAAGAUGAAUCUCAUGUAACAGUAGUAAAAUCCGGUCACCUUAAGCUUCA